GCCAUCGGCUGGAGCAUCACACUGCUGCUGAUCGUAGGGGCCUUCCUGGCCCGCUGCCUGAGGCCCUGCUUCGACCAGACGGUCUUCCUGCAGCGCAGGUACUGGAGCAACUACGUGGACCUGGAGCAGAAGCUCUUCGACGAGACGUGCUGUGAGCAUGCGCGGGACUUCGCGCACCGCUGCGUGCUGUACUUCUUCGCCAGCAUGCGGAGCGAGCUGCGGGCGCGCGGGCUGCGCCGGGACGCUGCGGGCGGGGACCCCGCGCCCCUCGAGCCCCCCGAGCCCCCCGAGCCCCCGGAGGGCCUAGACAGUGGGAGCGGGAAGGCCCACCUGCGCGCCGUGUCCAGCCGGGAGCAGGUGGACCGCCUCCUGAGCACCUGGUACUCCAGCAAACCGCCGCUGGACCUGGCGCUCUGGGGGGGCGGCCUCAGCCACCGCGCCCCCGCCGUGGCCCCUGGCACCAGGCUGUCCCAGCACACCGACGUGUAG